AUGGGUAAAAUCUUUGGUGUGUUAUUUUGCAUAUUGAUAUCAAAUCUAGCCUCAUCAUAUGCUCAACAAAACUGCAACAACUACGCCUUUUCAAGAAACACAAUCUACGCCACAUGUGUCUCUUUACCCGUUCUCAACUCACAUCUCCACUGGAACUACCACUCCUCCAACUCCACCGUCGAUCUAGCUUUCCGCCACACCGGAUCCGACACAUCUCAAUGGGUUGCAUGGGCCCUCAACAUCAACGGUCAGGGUAUGGUUGGAGCCCAGGCUCUUGUUGCUGUAACCGGUUCAAACGGGUCGGUUCAAGCCUAUACUUCAUCGGUAACCAGUUACAGUACCGGUCUGCAACCUAGUCCGUUGAGCUUUGAUGUGCCCAGUCUCACUGCUGAGAGGGUUAACGGCGAUGUGGUGAUUUAUGCGACGUUGGUGUUGCCACGUGGAGGGACCAGGUUUAAUCAAGUGUGGCAGGUGGGUCCGGUGUAUAAUGGAGCUCCGGGUAUGCAUGGGUUGGGUGCUGAUAACCGGAUGUCUAUUGGGUCUGUGGAUUUUGUUAGUGGUGAGACUAGUGCCGGUGGAAACGCAUGA